AAGCACCUUUUGCCACACAUCAGUUCCCAUGGCGACCAAAAGCUGUCGCUUUUGGGCCGUGCGACUGGCAGAAGAUCCCGUUCAAGUGGAGGUGCCACCCGGCGAAGUUUUGUGCCUCUCGCGUGCCUGUCAAAGUUCAUUCGCACCUGGUGUUCUGCGAUUAUUGGUGAGAGGAGUCAGUGGCAGCAAAAAGCCACCCAAAGAUGUGGUGAGUGCUGACUUCGCAUUCAAGAUCGCCUCAGGUGGCAGCCGGUUGGGUGCUCGGUUGGCUGGUGCCUCUGGCCUCUCAUGGCAGUUGCGGCUGGUAGCCAAAGGUGAAGCACCCGCUGAAGUCGACGUCCUGGGUUACUUCACCCACGUCUCUCCGGCGCGGAGGAAGCCACGGAAAAGGACGGUGGUGCCAAAGAGGCAGCAGGUGCCCAUUACCUUGGGAGUGCUGCCAAAGACACACCACGACCACCACGACACGCCCAAGCCGUCGAACCCCAGUUCAGCUCCAAAGAUGAGCACAGAACCCCUGCAGCUGGUGGUUCCAAAGGAGGCGAAGCCGAAAGCAGAUGUUCCGAAGGCUUUCGUGGCUGGCUAUAAUCCUUUGAAGCCAGCAGCAGCUGGAGUAGCGCGGUCCGUGGCAUCUGCGAAGCCAAAGGCCAAUGCCGCAUCUGCAGUGGGGCCCAUGCAGCAGUUGCCCAAUGGCCUAUCUUUCCAAGAGCUUCCAGCCAAAGGAGCUGUGACUGCUGGAAAAGGAGCAAGCAUUGGAAGCGAGGUCGAUUUCCGCUUCACCAUUUCAUUUCCGGGCGUUGGGAACAAGCAGCAGGUUCUGGAAAGAGGACAAGUGCAAUGCAUCUUGGGCCAAAGCGAGCUGAAAGAUGGAUGGGUGGAUGGCAACGUGGACCUGGAACAGGUCUUAAGCACCUGGACUAAGGCCUUGACGGGCAUGAGGGUCGGACAUCGGCGCCGGGUUCAUGUUCCCUCGCGCUUUGGCUUUGAUGCAGAGGUGGUGCCAUCCGGGAAGGACUUGAUCUUUGAGGUUGACAUGAAGGGAGUGAAAUGAGAGCCAAAUCGCUUGGUCAAAA